AUGUCGCUCCCGAGGCGCUCCUACGACCCGCGCCGCGUUUGCCUGUUUCCCAUGCCCCAGCUGCCCGCCUUUAUCCAGACAAACAAGCGAUCCUUCGGCAUCUACCUCUCCGGCGCCCUCUUUGCCCUGGGAUGGUGGUUCUUUCUCGAUGCCUGCAUCAUCUCGUCGCUCACCCUCAAGCCGCCCCGCGACCCCUCGCUUCCCUUUGAGCCUCCGGCCACCCACAUCAGCUUUGCCGACUGGGUCCCCGGCCUCUGCGCCACGAUUGGCAUGAUCGUCGUCAAUCUCAUCGACAAGCAGCACCUCACAGAGGCAGGCGGCACAUUUUCCUUUGGCGGCGGCUCCGGCGGCGGCUUCAGCGGCGACAGCGUCCAGUGGCGCGCCCGGCUCUUCCUCUUUGUCGGCUUUGCCCUCCUCGCAGGGGGCCUGGCCGGAUCCAUUACGGUGCUCACCGUCAAGUACCUCGUCGCCGACCUGCCCCAAGGCUUCGAGUACUACGGCGUCGCAAACGUCGUCCAAAACUCUGGCAUCAUGCUCAGCACCGUGCUCCUCUGGAUCAGCCAGAACACCGAGAGCGACUUCGAGUACAACCUCACCCUCUAG